CUGGACACUGGUUUCAGGAGGCAGGUUCGAGGCCCGCAUUGCUGUGUUGAGUUGAGUCUCUCGGCAAUUCCAAGCCUGUUAGCAUUGAAUUCCCAACUAAUACACAACAAAUCACAGCCCACCCAACUUCGUUUUCACCGAAACCACCCUCCUCUUAGUACAACACAAGACCAUCAUCGUCGCUUUCCUUCCCUUCCCCAUAUACUCUUCCUCUGAUUCCUCGCCCCAGCAUCCUCCUCAAGCCACCCUGCUCUUCUGCCUUCCUCGCAACCAUUCUCGUCCACAGCCGGAGGUAAAACAGCUCCGCCUAUUGACUACAUUUUUGCAAUGUGAUCUAUUAUAUUGCUGCUGUUGUUUCCUGCUGCAGCAGGUCAACCAGUUCUGCAUUUUAAAAUGUAUCCCGUUCGAAUCCAUUUCUUUGAUAGUGUAGAUGUGAAAAGCUGCAGUCUUUUUGCUGCGAGGAAUCUCGGGUUGCUUUUACCUUUUCCUGUGUUGCUUUCCUUCUUACACUCUUUGGUUGAAGAAAUGAUGCUGAUGUUGACAUAUAGUGCAAUCUGCUGCUGCGUCCUUUUCUAUGUUUAACUAGUUACCCGGGCUUGAAGUAUUCAAAUGUCUGUUAGAUUUUAAGACUUGCUGAUGUUGGCUGCAAGGAUCUUCCUCUUGGUUCAAAAAAUGUCUCACUGGAACACUUUCUUCUGGGUAGCAACUAUUUUUUAAUACUGUUUGCUUUUCAUGUCGUUUCGUGUUUCAGCUCAAUGAUUGAGAAUGUUCAUUAGAUUGCCAAUGUUGUUCUUGCACUAGUUAUUUUCAUUUAUUGCUUGUUGUAAUUUUGAGUAUCUAAAACAAUUCCGGUAUGACAAUCUUUUAAUACACUGUAGUCUUUUUUAACAUUUCCCAACUGGUUGCUACUUCAAUUGCCCUUGUUUCUUCUUAUAUAGGCUCCAUUCAGAUCCUCCUUUCUGGUUUCUAUUGGUUGGCAGCAUAGCAUGUUCAUGUGUGUGUCAAUGGUGCAACCUAAUUUCUCUAAUGUGAUCAUAUGCUUUGUCUUUGCGGCCUGGCAGAAUUGUGAAUAUAAGGAUAGGAAGAAUGGCUGCAGCUGCAACUCCUACUGUAGGCCUGACAACAGCCAGGACUUUCAUCUCACCCCCCCAUAAAACGUUGAUGUCGAGGGCAGCAAUUCUGAGUACAGAGUCCAAAGAUGCAUCUAUGACUAGGCUUGCAAGCUCUUCUCACAUCUCAUUGAGCCAUUCCUUCUUACAGAGGCCUAAUUCAGUGAUCCUGAAAUCUAAACGAGUUGUCACAACAAAAGCAGUGUCCUCGGCAAAUGAAACUAGCCCCUUGCCAGGACUUCCUAUCGAUUUAAGAGGGAAGAGAGCUUUCAUUGCUGGUAUAGCUGAUGACAAUGGGUAUGGUUGGGCUAUAGCCAAAUCACUUGCAGCAGCUGGUGCUGAAAUUCUUGUUGGUACAUGGGUCCCGGCUUUGAAUAUAUUCGAAAGCAGUCUACGACGCGGAAAGUUCGACGAGUCUCGUGUAUUACCGGACGGUUCUCUGAUGGAAAUUACUAAGGUGUUUCCAAUGGAUGCUGUUUUUGAUGGCCCUGAGGAUGUUCCUGAAGAUAUAAAAACAAACAAGCGCUAUGCAGGAUCAUCCAAUUGGACUGUUAAGGAGCUUGUUGAAUCAGUGAAGCAGGAUUUUGGCUCUAUCGACAUCCUUGUCCACUCCCUCGCUAAUGGUCCAGAGGUCGCGAAGCCUCUUCUGGAGACUUCAAGGUUUGGGUACCUUGCAGCCAUCUCUGCAUCAAGUUACUCCUUCAUUUCCCUUUUGCAGAACUUCCUUCCUAUAAUGAAUCCAGGUGGUGCAACAAUUUCCUUGACCUACAUUGCUGCUGAAAGGACCAUUCCUGGUUAUGGUGGUGGGAUGAGUUCAGCCAAGGCUGCAUUGGAGAGUGACACACGGGUGCUUGCCUUUGAAGCUGGAAGGAAGCACAAAAUCAGAGUCAACACAAUAUCUGCAGGUCCAUUGAGAAGUCGGGCUGCAAAAGCUAUCGGUUUUAUCGACAUGAUGAUAGAGUACUCGACUACCAAUGCACCCCUUUUGAAAGAACUAUCUGCAGAGGAAGUAGGGAACGCUGCUGCUUUCCUGGCUUCACCUUUGGCCUCAGCCAUCACUGGAACUGUCUUGUAUGUCGACAAUGGUCUAAAUGGUAUGGCUGUUAGCACCGACAGCCCCAUACUGGAAAAGCUCCACGCUGCAAAGGAGAAAUAAACACACCUACGCAGGAAAUCACCCAGAGCUUAUAAGUUUUGUUUUGUUCUUUUUUUGUUAAUUUCAGAGUACACAAUAAAUGCUGUUCUUACUA